AUGCCCGCCAACCUCCAGCGGCGCGCGCAGGCCCCCCGCUUGAAGUUCGUGCAGCUGCACAGCGCGGGCGCCGACGCCGACCUCGGGCGGCCGAUCUGGGACGAGGUGCAGCAAGGCGGGGGCGAGCCGGAGGUGGUGAUGGCCACCGCGGCCGGAGUGCACAUCGGGUGCAUACCGCAGUACUUCAUCAUGACGACCCUCGCGCUGUACCACAAGCUGCAAGAGCAAAUCAUCCCCACCCAGACCGAGAAACGCUGGCCGUCCGACCAAGAAGUCGGCGGACGGAUGUUUAUCAAGGAGUUGCGCGGGAAGACCGUCGGGAUCCUGGGCUACGGCCAGAUCGGGCGUGAAUCCGCAAGAUUAGCACAUGCAUUCGGCGCAAAGAUCAUCGCCGCCAACUCCUCCGGCCAACGAAAGCCUCAAGAAGAGUUCCGUCUCCCGGGCACCGGCGACCCGGAUGGCAGCCUCCCCUCAGCCUGGUACUCCACCUCGGACCCCACCUCCCUCGCGACCUUCCUCUCCCUCACCGACGUCCUCCUCCUCGCCCUCCCCUCUACCCCCUCCACCAAGCACAUCCUCGACGCCUCCACCCUCGCCCACCUCAAGCCCUCCUCCAUCCUCGUCAACAUCGGGCGCGGCCCGCUCGUCCACACGCCCUCGCUCCUCGCCGCGCUCGACCAGGGCAAGCUCGCCGGCGCGGCGCUGGACGUGACCGAUCCCGAGCCGCUCCCUGACGGGCACGCGCUCUACGGCCGUCGGAACGUGAUCGUGACGCCGCACCUGAGCGGCCGGACGGAGGGGUACUGGGACUACGCGAUGGAUAUCUUGGAGGAGAACGUCGCGCGGUGGAGGGAGGGCCGGGAGCUCGUGAACGUCGUCGAUCCCAAGAAGGGGUACUAA